AUGUCCAACAAGUUCCACUGUGAUAUUUGUUCUUCUGAUUGUACGAAUCGCGUUAGAAUCUCUUGUGCAAUAUGUGCAGAGUACGAUCUAUGUGUUCCUUGCUUUUCACAAGGUUUGUACAAUGGGAACCACCGGCCAUACCAUGACUACCGGAUUAUAGAAACAAACUCGUAUCCUAUCUUGUGCGAGGAUUGGGGAGCGGAUGAGGAAUUGGCUCUGAUAAAGGGAGCGCAGACAUUGGGACUUGGCAAUUGGCAGGAUAUUGCAGAUAACAUUGGUUCGCGAGAUAAAGAAGAGGUAUACGAGCAUUAUUUGAAGUAUUAUCUAAACAGUGAGUAUUAUCCGAUACCAGAUAUCACGAAAGAUAUAUGUGUUCCGCAGGAAGAGUUUUUAGAGAACCGUAAGCGGCGUAUUGAGAGAUUCAGGGAGAAGCCGUUGCAACCGCUAAGAAAGCCAGUUGCAUCUGUGCCUUCGUGUCAUGAAGUGCAAGGGUUCAUGCCAGGGCGGUUAGAAUUUGAGACGGAGUUUGAGAAUGAUGCUGAAGGGCCUGUGAAGGAUAUGGUUUUUGAUCCCGAUGAUCAGCCUCUGGAGAUAGAGGUAAAGUUGGCGAUAUUGGAUAUUUACAAUUCAAGACUUACAACGAGGGCAGAGAAGAAACGACUGCUGUUCGAGAACAAUUUGAUGGAUUAUAGACGCCUUCAGAACAUUGAUAAAAAGCGGUCCAAAGAAGCCAAGGAUCUGUACAACAAGAUCAAGGCCUUUGCAAGUAUCAUGACACCGCAGGACUUUGAAGAAUUUAGUCGGGAUAUACUAGAGGAACUUCGGUGUAGGACGCGGAUCGCACAAUUACAAGAAUGGAGGUCAAAUGGCAUCACUACUUUGGAAGCAGGUCUUAAAUAUGAACGUGAUAAGCAGACUAGAAUCCAGACUUUGGAGAGAUUUGGUUCUGCUAUAUACUCUUGCAAUUCUUCCGGCUCCAACCGGUAUCGCGCGUCUGCUGCACAUAGGACCGGAUCUGAUUUCAACCAAAAUUACAAUGAGGGCAGCGGAAAGAAGAAAAGUAUGACUAUGAGUGACAUACAGCAUGGUGCUGAUUUUGGGUUACUGUCACCUGAGGAACAACAGUUAUGCAUACAAUUAAAAGUGUUACCAAAGCCAUAUAUCGCCAUCAAGGAAGUUAUCUUCAGAGAGUUACUGCGCACUGGUGGGAUGUUGAAAAAGAAGCAUUGCCGAGAAUUGCUUAACAUAGAUCCUGCCAAAGCAAAUAAAAUCUACGAGUUCUUUAGUUUCCAGAACUGGUUGUAA